UCCCCCUCCCCCUGCGCCGCAACCAAACCGCAUCAUCCUCUCCUGCUGGCCUCGCCUUGGCCGCACACGAACCGCGCCGCGUCCCAAACCCUAGCGCUCGAACACAGCCGUGGGGGAGGCGAGCAGCUCCCAACCCCCCGAUAAUCUCGCCUGAUUCUCCUUCCACUCCCCUCGAAUCUAGCCUCCCAUCUUCCCCUCCGCCAUCCAUCUGUAUUUCUUUCGAGAUUUUUUUUUGGGAAUUUUGUUGGUGCUCUUUUGGUUGUUUAUUUCAGGAGCGCGUGACCUCGGAGGAUUCGCGGCGGCCGGGCUAGGGUUUUGGCGUCUCGGUGAAGGGUGGUGCGCCGUCUGUCCCGUGGGGUCUCUCGGCGCAAGGAUUGUCAGUUAAAAUGUCAUCAUAUCCUGUGCUAAACAACCGACCGAUUGAUCAGUGGAGAGUUACUGAUCUGAAGGAUGAACUCCGUAAGAGGAGGCUCCCUGUUAAAGGUUUGAAAGAUGAACUUGUGAGGCGCCUCUUUGACUCCAUUCAGAGUGAGGAACCAGCUGACGAAGCUGCUGAAGAUUUGGGGGCGAAUGUAGCUGAUGAUCAGCUGCCUGAAGAAAAUGUUCCUCAGGAAACUACAGUUACUAUCACAGAAGUUAGUCAGGAAACUGUGGUUCAUGUGACUCAGCAAGUUGAAGUUCCUCUCACUGAAGUUAAUCAGGGAUUCACGAUUUCUGCUGUUGGAGGGGUCCCCAGUGUUGAUGUUGAAGCUUCCUUAAGUGAGACCGCAACAGCCAAAGGAGAAGUACUGGAAUCAAUUGCUGGAGAAAAUUCGGCAUUUCAGGAAUUACAACCGCAUGCAGAAAGCAAUGUUGAGCCCGUUCUCGAGAAGACCUCAGAGGUUCACACCAAUGAGACAAUCAUUGUCAAUGAUGUGAUCAGUACUGAUGUGAAGUCGGACCUGACCCCUUCUGAAAUCAAGUCUGAUGUCACUGAAGCAAGCAAAAUUCAAAAACAGGAUUCAGCAUCAGCACCUGUGGAUGCCUUCACAUCAGAUGCUGAUCCUAUGGAUACUGAUGUUGUCGCUGCUGCACCAAUAAGCAAUGAUGGAGAGAAAUCGGCACCUAACAAUGAUUUGGGUGGCAAUUCUUCAAUGUAUGAUGAAGAGUGCAAAAAUUCUAAGCUCGUGAACGAGGACUGCAAGAUCAUCCUAUCGAAACCAAAUAAUCAGGUACCUGAGGUUAGCCCAGAUUUAGGGUCUCAAAUUAAGUGUGACUCGAUUUCUAGUGAUGAUAUAUCAACUAACAAAAAGAAUAAUAUAGAAGAUAACAUGAAUGCUAAUAAUUUUGAUUUAGAACUAGAGGUUAAGCCGGAGAUGGUCAAACCAUCAUCUGGCAUUUCUUCCUUAGGUGGAGAUUUGCAGCCACUGGAUGAUGACAACGAGCUGGUUAAGAACCAGUCAUCUUUGGAAGACAUAGAUUCCACAGCUAAUGUGGGCUCAUACAAGAAAGAUAGUCCUGAGGUUGGUUCUCCAGAGAAAUUAAAUUUAGACAGGAGUUCAGGUGAUGAGUCAAUGGAUGAGGAUGUCAUGGAGGUUAAGCAAGUUGAGUCCAAUAUGAAAUCUGAUGAUCUCAUGGGAAAGACUGAGCUUAGUUCAGAAGAUGUGAAAGAGGUGACCCUCCCUGCUUCUGUUGUUGAGGCUUCCUCUGUUGAUACCAAGGAAGUUAUAGCUGAAGAGAAGCCAGCAGCUUCAGCAGAAAAGAGGAAACUUGAAGCUGAAGAAACUGUUGCAAGCACUGAACCGAUCAAACGACUGCGCCGAUGGACUGCAGACAGUGGCAAAGUUCCAGAGAGACAAACAUUAAAUCAAACUGGUUCUGAUGCUCCUAAGGAUGUUUUUCAACCUGCUUUAAAACGUUCUUUUGGGAGGUCUGAUUCAAUGGCUAGUGGAGAUUCUCCGAAGGAGCGGAUUGUGCCACCGACCCAGAAACCUGCAACAACUUCCUUGAGAAUUGACCGAUUUGUACGCCCAUUUACUCUGAAAGCUGUGCAAGAGCUUCUUGGUAAAACUGGAUCAGUGCAGACCUUCUGGAUGGAUCAUAUCAAGACCCAUUGCUAUGUUACAUUCUCCUCGGUGGAUGAAGCUGUGGCCACUAGGAAUGCUGUCUACAACCUACAGUGGCCCCCAAACAAUGGGAAUCAUUUGGUUGCUGAAUUUGUUGAUCCUCAAGAGGUGAAGCUCAAGGUUGAACCCCCUCCCCCGCCAGCAGCUCCUAUUAGCCCAGCUGCUGCUUCAAGGACGCUUCCCGUUCAACAAGCUCAGGCUAAUCAAAGUGUGCCGCGCCAGGCUGUUACACCAAGGGAGCAAUUGCCACCACCGCCGCCCCUUGCUAAGCCCCCUACAUCUGAUCCAGGGUCAGCAAAGGAGAUGCUUCCACCCACUCCCAAGAAGCCGGAACCUCCUGUUGUGACACUGGAUGAUCUCUUCAAGAAGACACAAUCCUCUCCUAGGAUUUACUAUCUGCCUUUAUCCGAAGAGGAGGUGGCAGCCAAGCUCGCCGCACAGGGCAAAGGCAAAAAGGAAUAGGAGAUAUUAGCCUCCUUUUUUGUCGCUAGUCCGGGAGUUGUUGUGGGACAUGGCAUGCUGUGGUCGUAAGCUGAUAGGUGUCACUGCUGCAGUACAUUUGAAAUAACAGGCGUUGGUGACUGCUGUUCGAUACUUGGCUGCAGAGAGUACUUGUAGGUUUAUUAUGUGAAAAAGACUAGUGUAGAAGCAGCAGCUUGUAUUUCCUACAAAUUUUUUUUACUUUGCCCAUUUUGAGUUCAGGUGAGUGUAACUUGAGUUAACUUUGAGUGGCUGUGAUACUUGCUUUAAUUUAGCCGUUCAGGUACUGUUGAGAUAUUGGUUUUAACUUCAUGCCUGUUCCUGUGUC